AUGACGCCAAGCGAAAGCGUAUCCCCAUUGGCUGGUCUCCGGCAUUGUCUGCGUCUGCGUGUAAAUUUGAAAAUUUCGCCAACUGGAAAGAGAGGGAGGCAGCAGGAUUAACUCGCUAACGAGAAAAUAAAGAAAACAUCGCCAGAGAGUCAUGGGACGACCAAAGAGGACGACCAAACAACGUAAAAACCCCAAGUUGGACAAAUUGGAGGCUUUUCUCGAAGAUUUCGACAGUGAGGUUAAAACCGUAGUUGAAAGGCUGAAGGAGAAGACAAACAGCCUCCUGAAAGAUGCAGACAACUUCUACAACAUGGCUGUGAUCAAGCUGCCAAAGGCAGUGAGACAGAUGAACUGGCUUGAGCAUUGUGGGUCAGAGAAACCAAAGUCACCCGUGUCACCAGUGGAGGAUGCCAAGAAAGUAGAGGAGGCUGCCCAAGUGGAGAGUGUUAUGGCUGAAGUCCAUACUAUUCCCCCCAAGACUGUUAAAAAAGCAAAGUUGAAAAGGGGUGGAGCCGUGACAAGUUCAGAGGAUGAGGAGAACACUUUCACGGCCACAGGGAAGAAGGGUAAAUCAACUAGGAAACCUCCAACGUCAAAGAGAGCCAAAGCACUGUCAGUCAGCAAGCGGAACUCGUCCAUCAGAAAGUCCAGUAGGAAGCCACUGGUCACUCCUUCCAGGAACAUGUUGGACAGUUCCCUCAUGGGCACUACCCCUCUCAUCACACCACACUUUGACUCCAGACUUCCCAAGACCCCAGCGGUGAGGAUACCCCGCCACAAGGAGAGGGUUUACAGUAUCUCGGUCAACGGCUCCCCCAUCUCAGGAGGCGGUAAUGAUAUAGUCAUCAAUGUCCCUGUGGGGAAUGGAGAGUGCAUUCAGUUGCUGGCCAGUCAGAUGGACACUGUGGACCUGGGACAGCUGGAUGAGACAGCCAUGAGGAGCAUCCGUCUGCUUCAGAACCGCCUCACAACACUGUGUGAAUCCUCCGAAUGACCUCUUCAGCGUCUUUUUUUGUUGUUGUACAAGAACCCCCCCCAGCAAAAAGAAUUCUCUGUAUAUUUCUCUUUUAAUACAUAGUUGUUAAUAGCUGUCAAGUCUCCUUUUGUGUAGUUAUCUUAGCGUUCUUUAUUGUUAUGGUUUAAAUGUUUUCAAAUGGAUGCCAAGCACGUGGGACUGUACUUGGAACAGGCUAUUUUUCAGGGAUGCAGUCUUCCAUAUAAAAUACAUUUAAAAUGAGCAACAUUAAUAAACCCUAACGACACUU